AGCGGACAGAAACGCCGCGGCGCCGACCGCCAAGGGCACCCUUGGGCCCCCUCCUCGCCGCCGCCUCCGCGCCGCACCGGCGGCCGACCCGCCAGGGGAACGAGGGACCGCUUCCGGCUGUGGGCCCGGCAUGGCUCGACCCUCAGAGCCAAUCCUUGUCCCGAAGUUACGGAUCUAACUUGCCGACUUCCCUUACCUACAUUGAUCUAUCGACCAGAGGCUGAACACCUUGGAGACCUGCUGCGGAGUAAGGUACGGACUGCCCCCCCGCAACGCGGGCGCGCUGGGUAG